CGACUCCGGCGGCGGGGGGUUCGUGUGUUUCGGUGUAUUUUAGAGCGUUCAGGAUGUGGUGUAGCAGAGCAGCGGUUCGGCGGCUUGCGCUCGGGCUCAGAGGAACGCGGCGUACCAUGGCCACGUUACCGCGUGUGUACGUCUCCCGUAAAGUGCCGCCGCAGGGACUGGACAUCCUGCGCACAUCUGCACAAGUGCAGGUCGACCUUUGGGACUCGGACGACCCCGUUCCACGACAGGAGCUGCUGCAAAAGGUGAAAGGUUGCGCCGGACUGCUCUGCGUCCUCACCGAGAAGAUCGACGCGGAGUUGUUGGACGCCGCAGGUCCGAACCUAAAGGUGGUCAGCACCAUGUCGGUCGGGUUCGAUCAUCUUUCACUGGACGAGCUGAAGAAAAGGGGAAUCCGUAUAGGAUACACUCCAGAAGUGUUGACUGACGCGGUAGCCGAGCUGACUGUUGCCCUUCUCCUCGCUACUUCACGAAGACUUAUCGAGGCUACGCAUGAAGCCAAAACUGGUGGCUGGGGAACAUGGAGAACUCUGUGGCUGUGUGGUUACGAGUUAGCCAACAGUACAGUCGGCAUCCUUGGACUCGGAAGGAUCGGAGUGGCCAUCGCUGAGCGUCUCAAGCCUUUUAAGGUGAAAAAAUUCAUCUACACGGAUGUGGCGCCGAGACCGGAGCUGGCUGAGGCCAUCCAGGCGGAGUACGUGUCCAUGGACGAGUUGGCCAGACAGUCUGAUUUCCUGGCGGUGUGCUGUGCUCUGACUCCGGAGACUCAGGGCGUCUGCAACAAGGAGCUUUUCGCCAAGAUGAAGAACACGUCCAUUUUCAUCAACACCAGCAGAGGAGGUGUGGUGAACCAGGAGGACCUGUAUGCAGCGCUAUCUUCAGGCCUGAUCGCUGGAGCUGGACUGGACGUCACCACGCCGGAACCCUUACCCACUAACCACCCGCUCUUCACACUCAAAAACUGCGUGAUCCUGCCACACAUCGCCAGCGCUUCGUACACUACUCGGAACGCCAUGUCUGCUCUCGCCGCCAACAACCUGCUCGCCGGACUCAGAGGAGAAGCCAUGCCGAAGGAACUUCGGCUCUAGAACCCGAUUCCGAACUCGCUGCUGAAACUGUAGAGGAAUUAAUAAACGGAUCAUUUUAACUACACGGACAUCAUCACAGUGAAACUAGAACCUAAAGAUGAAUGUGUGUGUAACGGUGUUGUAAACAGAUCCUGUGAUGUCACUUACGAGUAUCGUUAACUAGCAGCACGAACAGCGGGAACUCUCGCGCCAUCCUCCAUGUUACAGCAAAAAACACCCGACUGCAGAUGUGUAAGAGCUUCUUAAAAUUCAACAAUACACCUUUCACUCUCUCUCUCACACACACACACACACACACACACAUAUAUAUAUAUAUAUAUAUAUAAAUAUAUAAAUAAACAUGAAAGAAAAACGAAAAACCACAAGAAUUCAAUGAACAAAUGAAUAAAUAAAUAAAUGGAAAGAAAAAAUUAAAAAGGAAAUAUGAGAACCAAAGAAUAGAUAGAUAGAUAGAUAGAUAGAUAGAUAGAUAGAUAGAUAUCUCAGCAAUGGAAAGAGGAAAAUAAAAUGGAAAGAAAGAAAGAAAGAAAAGUAAAUGGAAAGAGAAAAACAUGAGAAAUGGGAAAAAAUGCAAUGAAAAAAAGAAAGAUUGAACACAAGAAAUGGGAAAAGAAAAGAAAAACAAAAAUAAGAAGAAAAUAAAAAACAAAAACCACAAGAAUAGAAAUGGAACGCAUGAAUGAAUAGAUAGAUAGAUAGAUAGAUAAAUAAAUAAAUAAAUGUGAAGUGGAAAGAGACAAUAAAAAAGUAAGAAUGUGAAACAAAAACUAGAUAGAGAUAAAGAGAGAUGGAUAGAGCGAGAUAGACAGAGAUAGAUAGAGCUAGACAGAUAGAGGUAGACAGAUAGAAAUAGACAGAGAGAGAGAUGGAUAGAGAGAAAUAGAGAUAGAGAGAGAUAGAUAGAGAUAGAAAGAGAUAGAGAUAGAUAGAAAGAGAUAGAGAGAUGGAUAUAUAUAUAUAUAGAGAGAGAGAGAGAGAGAGAUAGAAAGAGAUAGAAAUAGACAGAGAUAGAGAGCGAGACAGAGAGAGAGAGAUAGAUAGAGAGAGAUAGAGAUAGAAAGAGAGAUAGAGAUAGACAGAUAGAUAGAGAGAUAGAGAUAUACAGAUAGAGAGAGAGAUAGAUAGAGAGAGUUACAUAGAGAUAGACAGAUAGAUAGAUAGAGAUAGAUAGAUAGAGAUAGACAGAUAAAGAGAGAUAGGGAGAGAGAUAGAUAGAGGUAGAUAGAGAGAGAUACAGAUAGACAGAUAGAGAGAUAGAUAGCUAGAGAGCUAGAUAUCUCAGCAGUGGAAAGAGGAAAAGAAUAUAGGAAGGAAAGAACAUGAGGAAAUGGGAAUAGAAAAACAAACCAGAAGAAAAAAAUGUAAUGAAACAAGAACAUGAAAGAAAAACAGAAAAAACCCC